CAGCGCUGGUCGCCUUCGCGCCGCGGAGCCGAGUGCUGGCGGGAAGCCGGAGUCCCGAGGCCCGUGUGACCGCAGGCGGAGCCCGCUCUGCCGGCGCGGUGAGCGGCCGGCACUCGGGCCCAUCAUGUCGAUGUCCCAUCUCUAUGGCAAAGAUGAUGAUGGUGAUGUGGAGAUGGAGAAAUUUGAAAUCACGGACUGGGACCUGCAGAACGAGUUCAACCCCAACCGCCAGCGCCACUGGCAGACCAAGGAGGAGGCCACCUAUGGCGUGUGGGCCGAGCAUGACUCGGACGACGAGAGGCCCAGCUUUGGAGGCAAACGCUCUCGGGACUACUCAGCCCCUGUUAAUUUCAUCAGUGCGGGACUAAGAAAAGCUGCAGCUGAGGAAGUGAUAGAAGAAGAUUCAGAUGAGGAUGAGAAGCCCAUUAAGCAGGAAGAAUUCCCUAAAGAGUUUGUACCAAAGAAAUUAAAAACAGGUGGUAAUUUCAAACCCAGCCAGAAAGGAUUUAUAGGAGGGACCAAAUCUUUCAUGGACUUCGGCAGCUGGGAGAGACACACCAAGGGAAUAGGGCAGAAGCUUCUUCAGAAAAUGGGUUAUGUCCCUGGCAGAGGGCUUGGAAAGAAUGCUCAAGGUAUCAUCAAUCCGAUUGAGGCCAAGCAAAGGAAAGGCAAAGGGGCCUUGGGAGCAUAUGGCUCUGAACGAACCAGUCAGUCCUUGCAGGACUUCCCUGUUGUUGACUCCGAGGAAGAGGCUGAAGAGGAAUUUCAGAAAGAGCUCAGUCAGUGGAGGAAGGAUCCUAAUGGAGGCAAGAAAAAACCCAAAUACGCCUACAAGACAGUAGAAGAAUUGAAGGCCAAAGGCAGGCUUGGCAAGCAGCUCACAACUCCUCAAAAGGAACUAUCCCAAGUUAAGGUUAUAGACAUGACUGGCCGGGAACAAAGGGUUUAUUACAGUUACAGUCAAAUCAGCCAUAAGCACAAUAUCCCAGAUGACAAUCCUCAGCAGCCACUGGGCAAAGACUCCAAGCCCCAAGCAUUUGCCUUGCCAGAACUGGAGCACAACCUGCAACUUCUCAUCGAUAUCACAGAGCAGGAGAUCAUCCAGAAUGACCGGCAGCUGCAGUAUGAGAGAGACAUGGUUGUCAACCUGACCCAUGAGAUACAGAAGAUGUCUGAAGUCCUCUCGCAUGAGGAGACAGCAAUUAGCAACCUCAGCAAGGUCCUGGAAUUGGUGGAGGAAUGCGAGAGGCGAAUGCAGCCUAACUGUGACAAUCCACUUACCUUGGAUGAAUGUGCAAAGAUUUUUGAGACCCUCCAAGAUAAGUAUUAUGAGGAAUACAGGAUGUCCGAUAGAGUGGACCUGGCAGUAGCUAUCGUCUUUCCUCUCAUGAAAGAUUACUUCAAGAACUGGGAUCCCCUCAAGGACUGUAUGUAUGGCACAGAAAUUAUAGCCAAGUGGAAAAGGCUUUUAGAAAAUGAUCAGUUGUUAUCGCAUAGUGGGCAGGAUCUAGCAACGGAUGCUUUUCACAGGCUUAUGUGGGAAAUGUGGAUGCCGUAUGUAAGAAACAUAAUAACACAGUGGCAGCCGAGAAACUGUGGACCAAUGGUAGAUUUCUUGGACAGCUGGGUGCAUGUUAUUCCUGUUUGGAUAUUGGAUAAUAUUCUGGAUCAGCUUAUCUUCCCCAAACUACAGAAGGAGGUUGAAAACUGGAACCCUCUGACAGACACUGUCCCAAUCCACUCUUGGAUUCACCCCUGGCUUCCACUGAUGCAGUCUCGAUUAGAGCCAUUAUAUUCUCCAAUCCGAAACAAGUUGGCAAAUGCACUGCAGAAAUGGCACCCCAGUGACUCCUCAGCCAAACUGAUCCUUCAGCCCUGGAAAGAAGUGUUUACACCAGGAUCUUGGGAGGCUUUCAUGGUCAAAAACAUUGUGCCUAAACUCGGGAUGUGUCUCAAUGAGCUCGUCAUCAACCCGCACCAGCAGCAUAUGGAUGCGUUUUACUGGGUGAUCGACUGGGAGGGGAUGGUCUCUGUGUCCAGCCUUGUUGGAAUUCUGGAGAAACACUUCUUCCCCAAAUGGUUGCAGGUGCUGUGCUCCUGGCUAAGUAACAGCCCCAAUUAUGAAGAGAUCACCAAGUGGUACCUUGGUUGGAAGUCUAUGUUCUCAGACCAGGUGUUAGCACAUCCUUCGAUUAAGGACAAAUUUAAUGAAGCUCUUGAUAUCAUGAACCGGGCUGUCUCUUCCAAUGUCGGUGGCUACAUGCAACCAGGUGCUCGGGAAAACAUUGCCUAUCUCACUCACACAGAGCGGAGGAAAGACUUCCAGUACGAAGCUAUGCAGGAGCGGCGAGAGGCUGAGAACAUGGCCCAACGGGGCAUAGGCAUGGCUGCUAGCUCUGUGCCAAUGAAUUUUAAAGACCUCAUUCAAACAAAAGCAGAAGAACACAAUAUCGUCUUCAUGCCUGUGAUCGGGAAGCGGCAUGAAGGAAAACAAUUGUACACAUUUGGACGAAUUGUGAUUUACAUUGACAGGGGCGUUGUGUUUGUACAAGGAGAAAAGACAUGGGUGCCAACUUCUCUUCAGAGUCUCAUUGAUAUGGCUAAAUAAGGAUCUUCCUCUGUGCCAGGAGCGUUGUACAUAGAAAGUACUGUCAGGAUUCACAUGCUAACAGCUGUUUAGUGUGACUGUCUAACAAUAAAGAGGUGACUUGACUUUGUAGAUCUGAUGGAUUUUUCAGUUCCUUUGUAAGAUAUUUUUUUUAACAGUGCUGUUCAGACAGCACACGUUGGUAAAGAUAGCAUUUAAAAGGUGCUGUUGAGAGAGAUACAAACAGUUGUCACACUUUAAACUAGAUUAGCAAGC